AUGAUGUUCCUGGUGCGGACAAAGGGCGUCGCGGCCCCGCAGACGAUGAAAACACUUCUCGUCCUCGCCGCGCUUGCCAAGGCCGUGCAGGCCCGCUCGCAGAGGCAGCAGCACGUCUCCGACCGCGUGGGCGGGCGCCUGGUGCGCUCGGAGGCGCUCGUGGCCGUCGGCGCCCGCGCCAGCGUCGAGCUGCUGCAGCAGGGAGUUCCCGAGGAGGGAGUUACCGAGGAGGGGAGCUUCCUCUCCGUCGGCCAGUCCUCGCCGAAGCCGAGGCCGGCCCCGCUGACAGUCUUCUACCACGUCUAUCAGUCCGUCGUGGCGGGGGGUGAGAAUUUGACAGCUUCCAUUGUCAAGGAGCAGAUGUCUGUUGUCAAGUCCUCCGCUGCUUUCGCCGACGGCGUCACGCUAAAGUACGUCUUCGUAGGCCCCAGCGGCAGCAGCAUCCCCGCGCUGCUCGAGUGCCCGACGUGCCACCAGCUCGAGCACAAGAACGCGGGGGACGAAGUCAUUACCCUGCAGCAUGUCUUCGACCACUGCGCACGAAACCCCUCCGAGCGAGUGCUGUACAUGCACAGCAAGGGGUCCUUCCACAACACGCCGCAGAACGAGGCCCUCAGGCGCUUCUUGACGAAGGGCGUUUGGUCCGACGAGUGUCACCACAUGCCCCGGGCGUGCAGCGCGUGCGCCUCCCGCUUCAGCCCGCUGCCUCACCACCACUACCCAGGGAACAUGUGGCUGGCCAGGUGCGAGUAUGUAUCCCGGCUGAUCCCGCCCUCCAACUUUCAAGCCGCCAUGGAGAGAGUGACGCUGCUCUCGGGGGCCGCGCCGCCGCUGACGUCGAACGACCACCCCUGGGAGCUCGGGCUUGGCCGGUUCGCUCAGGAGCACUGGUUGCCGUCCCACCCGAGCCACGCCCCCUGCGAGGUGUACAGCGAGACCGACUUUCUCUGGGCCUACAAUUCCAUCCCGACCACGACCUGGACCCCGAAGCUGCACGUGUUGCCGAGGCCAGACAUGCCUCUCAGCAGGUAUUGCAAAGCAAAGCCAGUGGGUGGAGACGUCGGGGUCGACCAGAACUUGACGAGGGUGAAGGCCUGGCGUCUCUUUGAGUGGCAGGCGCUGUACCCCGAGUCCUCUCCGGAGUUGGGCGUUCUUUGGGGCUACUACAAGGCGAGCGCGGGUGGCAUGUGCAGCGCGCAGCUUGGAGGCAGCUGA